UGGAUAUCAAAUCAAGUUAAAGGGAUAAACACGGCAAGAACUAAGCACCACUUGACUCAAUUAAGUUAUUACAGUUAUGCAGAAUACAGGCAUAACAGAAAAAUUAGUUAUAUUUCAGGAAAGGAAGCGUGCUGUUACAAUCCAUGUUGUAGAUGAAAAUGGAUUCAGGUUGCCAGGUGCAGCAGUAAAAGUAAAGCAAAUCUCAACAGAUUUUCCAUUUGGAUCUGUGAUAUCAAGAACCAUACUAGGAAAUUUGCCAUACCAGGAAUGGUUCCUCAAGCGAUUCAAAGCAACGGUUUUUGAAAAUGAGCUCAAGUGGUUAAAGACAGAGCCAGUACCUGGGAAAGUCAAUUAUACUGUAGUGGAUCAGAUGAUAGAAUUCGUCCGAAAAAACAAACUUAUAGUCAGAGGACACAACAUAUUCUGGGCGGACCCUUAUUAUGUACAAGGUUGGCUCAAAAACCUGACAGCUCCUCAGUUGGAAAAAGCAAUCAAAUCCAGAAUUAAAAGUUUAAUGAGAAAAUACAAAAAUGAGUUUUUUCACUGGGAUGUAAACAACGAACUCAUCCAUUUCAAGUUUUAUGAGGAAAAACUCGGACCUAAUGCUACCUUGAAUAUGUUCAAGCAAGUGCACCGCGAAGAUCCACUGGCAACCCUGUUUCUCAACGAAUACAACAUUGUUGAACGGUGUGACUCGAAUUCCACUGUGGACAUGUACAUCGAUAAGUUCAAGGAACUCAAGAAUGGGGGGGUGAAACUGGCAGGAAUUGGGCUAGAGAGUCAUUUUGAUGUGCCGAACCCCGCUUUCAUGAGAGCUGUUCUUGAUAAAUUGGCAACACUGAAGCUUCCUAUUUGGCUCACGGAAGUGGACGUUAAAAGAGAGUUAGGACCGGAAAAACAUGCUUUGUACUUGGAGCAAAUUUUAAGAGAGGCAUACUCACAUCCAAGUGUGAACGGGAUCAUGCUUUGGACAUCACGCAACGCAGGAGGUUGCUACCAAACAUGCCUUACGGACGAGAAGUUCCAUAACCUACCUGCAGGGGAUGUUAUUGACAAGCUUCUACUGAAAGAAUGGCAAACUGGGAAUAAACAUGGCAAAACGAAUGAGUUUGGUUCCUACAGCUUCCAAGGUUUCUUAGGUGAAUACAAGGUUACUGUUAUUUACGAUCACAAAAUCGUCAAGUCUUACUUCACACUAGGCCGUGGUGUAGAUACUAAGCACAUCACCGUUCAUAUUUAGAUAAACAUACUCAAAAUGUAAUGUAGCUCUCAA